AUGUUACCCUUGUACUUAUUGACAGCAGCCAAAAAUCAACCGAUUUUGGUUGAAUUGAAAAAUGGAGAAACCAUCAAUGGCCAGUUAGUCAACUGUGAUUCAUGGAUGAACUUGACAUUGAAAGAUGUGAUUCAAUCAUCACCCCACGGAGAUGAGUUCUUAAAGAUCUCUGAGUGUUACAUUAAGGGGAUCCACAUAAAAUACUUAAGAUUGCCAGAGCAACUUAUGGACCAAGCCAAGGAACAGAACCUCCAGAACAUGGAGCAAAGAAACAGAAACAACCAAAAGAGAAGAGGUCAAAGCUCGAACCCCAACGCCAAUUCCAAUGCCAGUGCCAAUGCCAACUCCAACAACAGUAACAGCGCCCCACAGCGUCAACAGUAA